UGAACUUAUUCAAGUUUUCCGUAAGUAUUUUCUGUUGAGCUCAAAGAUUUGCGCCACUGCGCCAAUUGGCGUUGUCUCACGAAAGCUUCAAGCCAAACCGGUGACGUUCCAGGCCCAUUUUAGACUUUUGUCGCCCGGAGUUGGACCCAACUCAAUCUCGUUCUCAUUGCAUCAUUAUUUGCCCGGCGAGUUGAUAUAUGAAGGCUCUCGCUGCGCGCAUCUGUCUGUUGGCGAAUUUUUUAGCACCAACCCUUCCCCACAAACAACCAGCCUUAUCCAAACCCUCUACAAGCCAAAUGAGCUUGUAAUAAAGCCGUCCCGCACAAAUAACCCAAGCUCCCACUUGGGCGAUUUUAUGAAGUCGAUCGCUCCAAACCCCCUCUCACCAUUCGCUCGUUAAAAUAACUUCCUCCCCUCCUCUCUCUCUGGCAACUCGAAACUCCUAUGUGAAACUCUGCAACAUCGGACCCGAAAACCCGAAGUCAUGCAUACCGCACUGUUGACAAACAAGCUCAAGGCCGCCCAGCCUACCUCCGCCCACUCCAUAACACAGCCACCAAGCCGCUACCCCUCUCCCCCCGGCGCUGUCUCCUAUCCUCCUCAGCCCCCGAUUCGCUACUCUUCUACCCCUCCGCCAUCCCCUCUAUCCCCCCUAUCAACCGAUCCUAUCUUCGACGCCGCAAACGGUGAUAAAUCCAAUGACGUGGACCAGCAGGUUAAGCUCGCCUUGACGGAAUUGCUCAAUUCGGCCUCCAUCAAAACCCACCAAGACGUCCGCAUGUGGGUGCAGAAUAAGCUCAUGGAUACUGAGCACAGACUGAAAGCUAGACGGAAGCGUCGGAUCUCUAACUUGGGCUUGAAGAAUGACACGUCGCCGUUGAGCGCUCCGUUGAGCGCUCCUGGCAGAUAGUAUAUAUAUAUAUAUUUCUUAUUUCUUGCCUCUUGUUGGAUUUUCCUUGGGGAAUUUAAAAAGCUACGACCUACUGCGUAAGGCGGACUAGAAAGAGGUUUUUUCUUUUUUUCUCAUUCAAACGCAGAAAAUACGGGUAGCUCCUGAAUGAGAGGCGUUGGGGUUUUUUUUUUCUUUUCCCUAAACCUUCAUGGGUCUCGGAGAUCUCACCACUGGUUAUGAUAUCUGGGAGGUUUGUGUGCUUUCAUGCAGGUUUUGCGCUCUGUGAGCUUACUAUUUGAUGCAUUGGUGUUAAUGAAUGGUGUGUCCCAUGUGUCAAGAAAAGUCAUUGGAGUCUGUUUGGCGUUAUGAAUGCUCGCCGUGGGACAGCUUUUUCCUUUGUUUUCCUUUUUUAUUCCCCCCCUCCCCUUUUUUUUUAUUUCUUUUUUUUUUUUUUUUUUUUUUUUUUUUUUCCCUAAAUUUUCUUCUUUUUGAUUUCUCAUCUCCAUCAUUACCUACCUCUCUUGAACAUGCAAUGGCAUUUUACCAUAGUUGAUGAUGAGAUAUCAAUAUGAUGAAAAACAAAAAAACGGAAAAGAAUUAUUUUAUUCAAACAGGUUGCAGAACAUCACUAGAGCAUUUCUUCUAUUCAGCUAUGGCUAGAAAGGUGUUGCAACAGCCUCUACAACAGGCAUUAAGCAAGCAAGCAUUCAUACCUUCAAUCACUUUCUGAAGGGUUUACCUACUUAUCGGGUGAGUUGCUGCAUGCAUGUACAGUAAUGCAGAGACUCACCCGAUGUAAUGAAAAUAUCAGAGUAACAAAAAAGAGGCCUUUUGUAUGAGUUCAUCAUACAAAGGAUAUUUAUUAAGAACAUGAAUAUCUUCAAUUCAGAUAAUGUAGAAACUUAAGAGUAUAUAUAUUAUAAAAUGUUUAUAUAUAUAAUAACAUCAAAGUUGAAUUAUUGAAGAUAUUCAUGUUUUUCAAUAUGUAUACUUUGUAUGAUCAAUCCAGACCGAAGGUUCUCUUCAUUAUGGUCAUAUUUUCUUUACGUCGAAAUUAGGAAUUAGGGAUAGAUUUAGAGGGCGGAGUUACUACUUCUCAUACCCCUUACAAGCAUUCCUGCCCAAGUAGCACCAAGUUCCCUAGAUUAAGUGAUAUCUAUAGCUACACGCCGAAUUUCUAUGAUAGAUCAAGAGUCUUUCUUAUUUUUUUUAUUUUUAUUUUUAUUUUUAUUUUUAUUUUUAUUUUUAUUUUUAUUUUUAAAUUUUAUAUAUUCCAGCCCUGAGCUAAAGUAAUGAAAAACGCUAAAUGGUGAAGAGGAAAAAGAACCCAUUUCCAUAUUUCAUCGCAGAUGCGCCCUUAAUAGGUUCUCUUGCGUUCUCUUCGCGAAAUCCGCUGCACCCUUCGCAGCCAUGAAAAAAACAGGGUCUAGAUUGUCCUCCAGCACACGCAGGGCAGCUAGCUCCAGGUACAUGCGCAGAGCAUUUCGAUCGUCUCUGACAAAUCUCGAAUUGCUGGGGGCCGCGGCGCCACCUGUUUUAAUGAGCUUGGUGAUCUUUUGGUCUGGCGAGGUUUUUCAGUCCUAGGGGUUCGAUGACUUGGAAAAUCUCACUGGCCGAUAGUUGGACGUAAUCUGGCCACGAGAUGGCCACGGAGCGAAUCGAGUGGCCUAGGAGUGCCGUGGUUUGGGCUUUUAGUUCAAAAAUGAGAACGGAGAGGGCGCUGGUAUUGAAGGCAGAAAAAAGAAAACUUCAUAAGGCGGCGAGGGUUAGACUGUUGCAGUCUCCAUGGCACUAGACACAGCCUGAACAAUUUAUCCGUAUCUUGACGGUGAGGAUAUGCAUGGGGUGGACUAAAAGGGCGGAUCAAGCCCUACCGUAGAUGACGUGAGGUCCUUAACUUCAUCAAACCAUGAUAUAAUCUCCAAUCCUGCGUACUGACAGGCAGCCAGACGGCCAGCGGCCGCCACGAUGCUUGAUUGAAGGGAAUUUUCAAGAAGAUGCCCUGCAGCAACAGCCCAUCAUUGGGAAACUAUAUGGCACAUAUGGCGUUUGUUCGCUGAAGACUCUUUCUUUCCGGACUGCGCGUCCGCUAUCUGUACCAGUUUGGCCUC